GCGGCGGCGGCGGCGGCGGCGGCGAGGAGCUGUGCCUUCCACCUCUCCAGCCCCGGCAGGACGGGGGCGACCGCCGCGGGCCCGGGGCGGGGACAGCACGCAGCCUCGCGGCGCUCACCCCCGCCCGGCAGCGGCCCCGACACCCGGGGCGAGCGGGAAAGCGGCGGCGGCGGCGGCGGUGGGGGAAGGAUGCAGGGCAAGAAGCCGGGCGGCUCAUCGGGCGGCGGCCGGAGCGGCGAGCUGCAGGGGGACGAGGCGCAGAGGAACAAGAAGAAGAAAAAGAAGGUGUCCUGCUUCUCCAACAUCAAGAUCUUCCUGGUGUCCGAGUGCGCCCUGAUGUUGGCUCAGGGCACGGUGGGCGCCUACCUGGUGAGCGUCCUGACCACGCUGGAGCGCAGGUUCAACCUGCAGAGCGCCGACGUGGGCGUGAUCGCCAGCAGCUUCGAGAUCGGGAACCUGGCGCUCAUCCUCUUCGUGAGCUACUUCGGGGCGCGCGGGCACCGGCCGCGCCUCAUCGGCUGCGGCGGCAUCGUCAUGGCGCUGGGCGCGCUGCUGUCGGCGCUGCCCGAGUUCCUGACGCACCAGUACAAGUACGAGGCGGGCGAGAUCCGCUGGGGCGCCGAGGGCCGCGACGUCUGCGCUGCCAACGGCUCGGGCGGCGACGAGGGGCCCGACCCCGACCUCAUCUGCCGCAACCGGACGGCUACCAACAUGAUGUACUUGCUGCUCAUUGGGGCCCAGGUGCUCCUGGGCAUCGGUGCUACCCCCGUGCAGCCCCUGGGGGUCUCCUACAUCGACGACCACGUGCGGAGGAAGGACUCCUCGCUCUACAUAGGAAUCCUGUUCACGAUGCUGGUAUUUGGACCAGCCUGCGGGUUUAUCCUGGGCUCUUUCUGUACCAAAAUCUACGUGGAUGCCGUCUUCAUUGACACAAGCAACCUGGACAUCACUCCGGACGACCCCCGCUGGAUCGGAGCCUGGUGGGGCGGCUUUCUGCUCUGCGGUGCCUUACUCUUCUUCUCUUCCCUCUUGAUGUUCGGGUUUCCACAGUCCCUGCCCCCACACUCAGACCCCGCCAUGGAGAGCGAGCAGGCCAUGCUCCCCGAAAGAGAAUACGAGAGGCCCAAGCCCAGCAACGGGGUCCUGAGGCACCCCCUGGAGCCAGACAGCAGUGCCUCCUGCUUCCAGCAGCUGAGAGUGAUCCCGAAGGUCACCAAGCACCUGCUCUCAAACCCUGUGUUCACCUGCAUCAUCCUGGCCGCCUGCAUGGAGAUUGCAGUGGUGGCUGGCUUCGCUGCCUUCUUGGGGAAGUACCUGGAGCAGCAGUUUAACCUCACCACCUCUUCUGCCAACCAGCUGCUCGGGAUGACGGCCAUCCCGUGUGCCUGUCUGGGGAUCUUCCUGGGCGGGCUCCUGGUGAAGAAGCUCAGCCUGUCCGCCCUGGGGGCCAUUCGGAUGGCCAUGCUCGUCAACCUGGUGUCCACGGCUUGCUACGUCUCCUUCCUCUUCCUGGGCUGCGACACGGGCCCCGUGGCUGGGGUUACUGUUCCCUACGGAAACAACUCAGCGCCUGGCUCGGCCCUGGACCCCUACUCGCCCUGCAAUAAUAACUGUGAAUGUCAGACCGAUUCCUUCACUCCGGUGUGCGGGGCGGAUGGCAUCACCUACCUGUCCGCCUGCUUUGCUGGCUGCAACAGCACGAAUCUCACGGGCUGCGCGUGCCUCACCACCGUCCCCCCUGAGAAUGCGACUGUGGUUCCCGGAAAGUGCCCCAGUCCCGGGUGCCAGGAGGCCUUCCUCACCUUCCUCUGCGUGAUGUGCAUCUGCAGCAUGAUCGGUGCCAUGGCCCAGACACCCUCCGUCAUCAUCCUCAUCAGGACAGUCAGCCCUGAACUCAAGUCCUACGCCCUGGGAGUUCUUUUUCUCCUCCUCCGUUUGUUGGGUUUCAUCCCCCCACCCCUCAUCUUCGGGGCCGGCAUCGACUCCACCUGCCUGUUCUGGAGCACGUUCUGUGGGGAGCAAGGCGCCUGCGUCCUCUACGACAACGUGGUCUACAGGUACCUGUACGUCAGCAUCGCCAUCGCGCUCAAGUCCUUCGCCUUCGUGCUCUACACCACCACGUGGCAGUGCCUGAGGAAAAACUAUAAACGCUACAUCAAAAACCACGAGGGCGGGCUGAGCACCAGUGAGUUCUUUGCCUCUACUCUGACCCUAGACAACCUGGGGAGGGACCCUGUGCCCGCAAACCAGACACAUAGGACAAAGUUUAUCUAUAACCUGGAAGAUCACGAGUGGUGUGAGAACAUGGAGUCCGUUUUAUAGUGACGAAAGAGGGCUGAACUCUGUAUGAGUGAUCAAAGGGUCAUUUUUCUUAAAAAAGAAAAAAAGGUUUCAAAAAAAAAAAAAAAAAAAACCAAAACUCAAUAUACACACAAACACACACACACACACACACACGUACAACCUUUGUCCUUUUCCUCAAAAUCAGAGCCAGACAGGAUUCAGAGUCAGGAGAGAAUGGGACCGUGUGUUUGACACGCGGCAGGUCCCGGAGGACACUCGCACUGCUGGCCGCAGGGUCUGCUGUGGAAGCACCGCAUGGCUUCAGGAUGCCAACAGCUGCAAGCAACAGGCACUGCCAAAUUCAGGGAACAGUGGUGGCCAGCUUGGAGGAUGGACAUUUCUGGAUAUACAUACACACACAAAACAUUUUUUAAAAAGUCUACUAAAAAAAAAAAAACACAAGUCGAAAACAUUGCCAGAUUAAGCACUAGUGACACACCUUGUGCCACCCUCUCCCUCCAUGUCGGGGUGGGAGGCACGAAAGGCGGAGGGGUGGAAGCUCUACUCCUCUAACUCUUGCAAUAUGGGUCACUGUGUAGACGACUCACCCAGUCUGCAUGUGGUUCAAGGCCCCAGAGUUCUCUCAGCGAUGCUAACGGGUGAUCCGUGCUGGAGUCUAUAAUUGGCACCACUCACCAGCUCCAUUCCCAUGUUCGAGACUGAGGGCCCGAGGGGGGGCCGGGCGGGGUCCAGCACCUCCCCUUCCCCUGGCAGCACCUCCCAGGGGCAGGCAUCCACCUUCCCCCAGCCCCGCAGAGCGACCUCAGGAAGCAGUGGGCCUCACCUGGCCAUGACUGACCCGGCUCAGAGCCGGUGAGGCCCAACACAGUCUAAGUCAUUUGCCAAACAUUUUGCCAUUUUUAAAAAGAAAAAUACAACGCAUAUGAAUUUCAAACUUGUGUGUAUAAUCCUCUAAUACUAUUUUUAACUACUUCUAAAAUCUGCGUUAACCCUUCAGUCACUAACACAGUUCUAGAGGCCGGAUUUAUGAUGCUGGUUGCUUUUACUUUUCUCCUUUUUUAAUGCACCAAAAAUAUAAUGUGAUUCAAGGGAUGCAAUUAAUCUAUUGUAAUUUUUAUCAUUUUAUCCUCAUUUGGAUAUUCUGCAAAAAACAAGAAUAUACAAUGCAUUACAAGAAGAAAAAGAUUACUUCAAAAAGAGUGUCUGUGCAGGCUGCCUUUAAAAGAAUCACAUUUGAGACAACAGGGGAUAAUGUGAUGAAUUGCAAAUUUGCCUUCUAGCUUUAUUCCCCAUGAUUCAGUGAUCACUGUCAUGGGAAGCCCUUUUAUAUUCAUGCUUGACAUUCCACGAGGCGUUCUUUCCAGCCUGUGGAGGAGACGCGCUCAGAUGUGGGUUUGUGUGUAUGGGUGCAAUACUUCUGGGGAUAGGAAAGAGAAGAACCGUUCCCUGACACAAGCUGUUGAGCAGUCUGUGGUGUCUGUGAUAAUGUUUGGACCCACGAGCUCCUGGAAGGUAUCACGUGUCCAAUGCAUGAAAAUGUCAAUGACGUUUUCAGAGUUAAUCUCAAACUAAGAGGCCUUUGUGUGUGCUUUGAAAGUGGCUGAACCUCAAACAGUUAGAGAAUGAACCUGUCAUUGUUUAGGGUAAGAGUCACGUGGGAAAACCUCUUGCAACCAGCAGACUAAGCCUCCUAUGGCCAUUUCCAUACAGGGACAGAGCUCAGGUGAGUUAACAUAGGCAUGCACACACACAGCAGAGGACCCAGGUAACUUACCCUUCCUGCUUCUUCAGUGACCUUUGUUCAUGCCACACUCAUGGCCCUGGAAAAGACCUCAAAGGUAGAUUGGUUGGUUUGCUUUUUUACCCCAGACACACAUUUGCAGUUUACCCACAAGGCAACAAAAGAAUCAGGAAAUAAAAGGGGGUGGGGGGUGGUGCUGUGCCAAAUUUUUAACACAAAUGCCCAAAUCUAGAGAAAACACCAAGCAAGGAUGACCAAAAGAGAAGCUGUGUCACAGUGCAGGGCCACGGUGGCCAGCUAUCGGGGACAGGAUGCUUCGAAAACAGCCCUUUCAUCUGCUUAGUGUUAGUCUGUCCUUGUCCAUGAAAAUGGUGAUGCUCAUCCGUAUGUUACCUAGUAAAAGGGGGAUGGUUCUCCAACCAAUUCAUAAAACAUGUGCUCUGUUGUUCCUGAGGUUUUGAUAACAUGCUGUACAGGUUUUGGUUUUGUUUUGUUUUAAAACUGUAUUGCUAAUAGGUCACUGUCCUCUUAGAGAUUAUGGCCAGGCCCUCCAAACUCAGUACUUACACACUGAGGCCCUAAGACCUACUAUUUCAUGGGACUAUUUACUUUGGGGAGGGAAAAAAGGUUUUUUCAAUUCUUUGCAUUUUGGAUUUUUUUCCCCCUAAGAUUUCAGGAUGAAUGAUAAAAGAUGUUAGAAUGACAAAGGAAAACAACUCCAGGGCUGAGUUUUAUCAGCAAUUGGGUAUAAAUGUAAAGGCCCCUAUUGCAAGAUGGUUCUGAAGUGUGUUGUGUCAUCUUUUAAAAUCUUAAUUUCUCUCAUAUGCUGCAGAACAGAAAACUCGGUCUAGUUUUAAUUUUCCUUUUGUGCUAUAAAGAAUCAUUGUACAUACAACACUA